AUGAAGCUGUCUACUUGCUUGACCUUUCUUGUCGGCCUGGUAGCUGCCGCUCCAAGUGAGCUGCGGACUACAGCCAACGAUCUGGUCGAUGGGCUUGGUUUCUACUGCCCUCACGCAAUCUUGAUCUUCGCUCGCGGAUCAACCGAACAAGGAAAUUUGGGCACCCUCGUCGGACCUUAUCUUGCGCAGGGCCUCUCUGCUCAGGUUCAGAGCCUUUGGAUCCAGGGAAUCGGCGGUGACUACACUGCCGAAAUUGACGACAACUUUCUCCCUGAUGGAACUAGCCCCGAGGCUAUUGUUGAGGCGUACAAGAUGUUCAAUCUCGCUCACGAGAAGUGCCCCGGCUCCCUCGUGUUGAUUGGCGGCUACAGCCAGGGAGCAGCUCUCCUUGCCGCCACUAUCCCUACUCUCGUCGGCCCAGCGCGCCAGCAGAUCAAAGGCGCCGUCCUCUUCGGCUACACCCAGAACAAGAAGAACGAUGGCCGCAUCCCCGAAUACCCCGCUGACCAAACCAAGGUCUUCUGCAAUGACGGCGAUGUGGUCUGCCAGGGUGUUCUUAAGAUCAAGACUCCCCAUCUCCUGUAUAGCGCGGCCGCACAGGGUGAGGGAGCCAAGUUUCUGGCCAAGAAGAUCUCUCACUAA